AUGAUCGAAAACGCGAUAGCAGCGGUCUUCAAAGCUCAGGCGUCUUUCCUGGCUGCCAUGUGUAAACGAGGCGCAUUCUUUCGCUCUGCUCGCCUGCAAGGAAAUGACCCGGAGGGCCCGCUGGCACCGGGGCCCGGCCGCUGCACGCUGCUGCCCUUCGGGCGCCCCAGCUUCCCUCGCCGACACCCCCGGCUCCCCGCGCCGGGCAUCGGCUCAGAUCGGGAGAGCGGGCUCCCCACGGCCGCCUGCCCGCCGCCUCCUCCUCCCCCCGCCGCGCCUCCGCCUCCUGCCCCCUGCAGCGGGGUUACCUGUCACGGGGAGCCCGCUAAAUUUUACGGAUACGAUAACUUACAGAGACAGCAGAUUUUUACGACACAGCAAGAGGCCGAGCUGGUACAAUAUCCUGACUGUAAAUCGUCCAGUGCUAAUAUUGGCGAGGAACCAGACCACUUAAAUCAGAGCUCGUCUCCUGCUCAAAUGUUUCCCUGGAUGAGACCACAAGCAGCGCCGGGUAGGAGAAGAGGAAGACAAACAUACAGCCGAUUCCAGACUCUAGAGCUGGAAAAGGAGUUCCUCUUUAACCCCUAUCUGACCAGGAAGCGGAGGAUCGAGGUGUCCCACGCACUAGGACUCACCGAGAGGCAGGUAAAGAUCUGGUUUCAGAACAGGAGGAUGAAAUGGAAAAAAGAAAACAACAAGGACAAAUUCCCCGCUUCCAGACAGGAGGGAAAGGAAGGGGAGGCCAAAAAGGAAGCACAUGAUCUGGAAGAAGACAGAGCUGAGGGCCAGACGAAUUAA